AUGUUUAUUUCGUACUCGUCGGCGUACUUUGUGCGCAAGCCGUUGAGCGUGGUGAAGGCGCCGGUCAAGGAAGCGCUCGGGCUCACCACGGGGACGAUGGGGUUAAUCGACAGUGCGUUUUUGCUCACGUAUGCGCUGGGGCAGUUUGUGAUGCCUUCGAUUGGGGAUAAGAUUGGCGCGAAGGCGGUCAUCGUCGUCGGCGGCGUGGUGUCGUUUGCCUGUUGUCUCGCUUUUGGAUAUAUCUCGGUGCCGUACAUUCUCAUGGGGCUGUGGGCGUUGAAUGGUCUCGCGCAAGCCGCAUCGUAUCCGUUACACGUGAAGCUCCUCAAUCCGUGGUUCAGUUCGAAGGAGCGAGGAACGGCGAUGGGGAUUUGGGCGACGAGCCAACAAGUCGGCGCGACGCUGGCUACCGUUGCCACCGCAUUUUUAUUGGGUAAGGUUGGAUGGAGACUGUCGAUUAGUUUGCCGGCGACAUUCGCUUUGUGUACUGCGGCGCUCGUCGCCGCGAUGCAGCUCGAUCCGCCGUGGUUGCAAACGACGACGUAUAAGCAAGAAGCUUUGACGUCGACGAAGAAGCGCGCGGACAUCGAGCCGGCGUCCAAAAAUGUUUCCUUCAUGGAAAUUUUGGCCAUCCCUAGGUUAAAGAUGCUCAUGCUGUCCUACUUCUUCGUGAAGAUCGUUCGUUAUUGUUUGCUUUUCUGGUUGCCAUUUUAUUUAUCGCAAGAGUACAAGAUGUCCGUCGCCAUUGCUGGCUACAUGUCGUGCAUAUACGAUUUGGGCGGCGUACUGGGAGGACUCGCGUGCGGCAUUAUUGGUGACAAGUAUUUCGAAGGCAAGCGCACGGUGCUCGGCGCGUUGUCGUGCGCCUUGCUCACUUUUGCGAUCGGGGGCUACCAAACGGCAUGCAGCAUGGGAAUGCUCACCAACGCCAUCGUCAUGGGUCUCAUCGGUUUCUUAGUCGCCGGUCCCGACGCUAUGCUGGGUUCGACCGCAGUCUCUGACUGCUGCGAACAAGCGGGUUACGGCCAAGAAGUUCUCGGAACCGCAGCGGGUGUGGUGAACGGUAUGGGAUCAGUCGGCGCCGUGCUGCAAGGCGCGCUUACCGCGGUGAUCGCUGAAAAGUACGGAUGGGGCGCACUUUUCGUCACGCUCGCUGUUCUCAGCGCGCUUUCAAUCGUCACCAUGCUCGCAUCGACGAACCCCAAGUAUUUGGACGCUGACACGGACGAUGACGAGCGUAAAUCGACAGACGAGGGGGAGGUCGCUUAUGCGUAA